GCACAACGCCAGAGUUCAAUGGAGUAACUUCAAGUAAAAUGUAUUUAUACACCUUGAAGAUGUGUACAUACGCAGUGGACCUUGUAAAGAAUAGACUAAUGCUAAAAGUGUUCUUUGUCUGCAGUAAAUUUCAUUGCGCAUGAAAGGACAUUUGUUAAAUAGAUGAGAAUUUAACACGCGAUUACAAGCUCAAAUACAUCAUAUCGAACUUGCAACGUGGAACUUAAGUGUAUGGAUUGGAUUAAAUGACGACCUUGAUGACGUAUGCGGUUGUCUGCGUAUAGUGCAAUAACUGAAGUCAAUGCACCUGAAAGCAGUUCGAAGCGGUUUUAUUACUUGAUAGGGACUAGGAACUCACAAGAUUUAAAGAUAUAUAAAAUAAUAAAUUCUAGGAAACUUCUCUUAAGCGAUUAACUUGGACUGAAUGGCAAAGUGCUUCAUUGUCAGGGUCAUUUUACUCACAGGAAGCUAUUAACAAUUUAUUCUACGGUUUCUCUAGCAUUGUACAGUAUCCACAGUGGAAUAAAUCUAAUUUAAUAUAAAGUAAAAUCACACCAGGAGUAAUUAUAAUAAAUUAAAUAUUUUAUUAUAUUUACGUCAUACAAUUAAGUAUUUUAGAUCUACUUAAAAAUAGUAAUGGAUAUAUAUGUCUUCUCUCUACAAUUUUUGACGAAUUUUUGAAAUAAAUAAAUAAAUUUAACACCCUCUAGUGGAAUAUUGAAAAGUAUGUUAAAUGAAGGAACGUGUGGAAUAUGAAACUGUGAAGAAUACACACGAAUCAAGCCGGACAUUUAUAAAACGUCAGACUUAGAAUUAAAUUAAGAUUUUACGACAUUUUGCGAAGCCUCUGAAGCCAGGGCCAUACAUGGCGAAGAAUUACAUGAAGCAGCAGCAGAAUCAUCUCAAAGUGUACCUGAACCAAAUCAAGAUUUACUUACUGUUCAUGGAGCAACGCAAGGAGAAAGUAGUGAUGCUGUUAGCAUUCAUACUGCUAGUACUUCAGUUUCUGGCAAUGAAUCAAGUUCCAGUAGAGUGAGUGCAAUAACUGUUGUGUUACCUUGGGGUGCUCAGAAAGAAACAGUGAAACCACAACAAAUAGGAGAUAUGGAUUUAAGACCUGGAGAAUUUGUGAUGCGUACUUUAUUUGCAGAGUUUACUACUCAAGCAGAAAAAAAGAUGGAAGCAGUGAUGACAGAACAUGAAAAACCACUUUCGAAAGUUUUACAAAGAGGUGAAGAUCCACAGUUUGAUCAAUUAUUAUCUGCAUUUGGUUCAGUUGCAGAACAUUGUUUACCUUCUAUUUUAAGAGCACUUUUUAAUUGGUAUGAACGUCAAUUAAUUGAUCAAGGCAGUGAUCAAAGAAAGCCUGCUCCUGGAAAAGAAGAUCAGAAAGGAAAAAGCAUUAUGUAUACAAUAGUGUCGGGAAGUGUGGAAACAGUUGAAAGAAGUGAAGCAGAUUUACUUCAAGAACGAAGGGAUCUUGCAGUAGAAUUUAUAUUUUGCUUAAUGUUAAUAGAAGUUUUACGUCAAUUACCAUUUCAUCCUGGCCAUGAGGAUUUAGUAACCUACAUAGAAAAUAUAGCUUUUAAACACUUCAAAUAUAGAGAAGGAAUUCAAAAUGAACCAAAUGCAGCAAACAUUCAUAUCAUUGCUGAUCUUUAUGCAGAAGUAAUAGGAGUUCUUGCACAAUCUCGAUUUAUGUCAGUUAGGAAACGUUUCAUGGUUGAACUAAAAGAAUUACGUGCUAAAGAACCAGGACCCCAUACUACACAGAGCAUUAUUUCGUUAUUAAUGGGAAUGAAAUUUUUCAGAGUAAAAAUGGUACCAAUAGAAGAAUUUGAGGCCUCAUUUCAGUUUAUGCAAGAAUGUGCACAAUAUUUUUUGGAAGUAAAAGAUAAAGAUGUAAAACAUGCUUUGGCUGGACUUUUCGUUGAAAUACUUGUUCCUGUUGCUGCUGCUGUUAAAAAUGAAGUUAAUGUACCUUGUUUAAAAAAUUUUGUAGAGAUGUUAUACUCUACAACAUUAGAUAUGUGUACAAAAUCAAAACAUAGAUUAGCCCUUUUUCCUCUUGUAACUUGUUUAUUAUGUGUCAGUCAGAAAACAUUUUUCUUGCAAAAUUGGCAUUACUUUCUAGCAAUGUGUCUUUCACAUUUGAAGAAUCGAGAUCCUAAAAUGUGUCGUGUUGCUUUGGAGGCACUAUAUCGUUUACUUUGGGUGUACAUGAUACGUAUUAAAUGCGAGAGUAAUUCAGCUACUCAAAGUAGAUUACAGAGUAUAGUAAAUUCUUUAUUCCCAAAAGGUUCAAAGGCAGUAGUGCCACGUGACACUCCAUUGAAUAUUUUUGUAAAAAUCAUUCAAUUCAUUGCACAAGAGAGAUUAGAUUUUGCAAUGCGAGAAAUAGUAUUUGAUUUAUUAUCCGUGGGCAGACCGGUGAAAAUAAUUUUAACUCCUGAACGUAUGAGUAUUGGACUUCGGGCCUUUCUAGUUGUAGCUGAUAGUUUACAGCAGAAAGAAGGAGAACCACCUAUGCCGCGUACGAUGGGAGUAUUACCAAGUGGUAAUACUAUGCGAGUUAAAAAAACAUUUCUUAAUAAAAUGUUAACAGAAGAUACUGCAAGAAGUAUAGGAAUGUCAUCGUAUUUUCCACAUGUUCGACGAGUAUUUGUUGAUAUUCUACGUGCUUUAGAUGUUCACUAUGGCAGGCCUCUUAUGAUGACAAGUACUCAAAAUAUGAAUAAGGAACCGGAUGAAAUGAUUACUGGAGAACGAAAACCCAGAAUAGAUCUUUUUCGAACUUGUGUUGCUGCAGUUCCUCGUUUAAUACCUGAUGGGAUGACAGGUGCUGAAUUAGUUGAUUUAUUAUCACGUUUAACUGUUCACAUGGAUGAAGAGCUUCGUGGAUUAGCAUAUCAAAGUCUGCAAACCUUAGUACUAGACUUCCCUGAUUGGAGGCAAGAUGUUGUUCUUGGAUUUACACAAUUUCUUGCUAGAGAUGUUCAAGAUACUUUUCCACAACUUGUUGAUAAUGGUUUGAGAAUGCUUUUACAACUUCUAACAAGUUGGAAAAAUGCACUAACAAGUCCUAGUAUAAGAUGUAAGGAACAAUCAAUGGAUAAUGCCAGAAACAAUAUACGCGUAGAUAGUAACAUCAAAAAAAGUGAAUCAGGACAAAAGAUAGAACCUGUUUCCAGCGUUUUCCACUUAGUAGAAGGAUUUGCGUUGGUUACGCUUUGUAACUGUCGCCUUUAUCCUAGAAGAAUAGCAGUUCAUAUAUUACGCGAAGUUAAACAUUUAUUAAAAACAUUAGGAGGUUUAGAAGAUGAUCAACCUGUAAUCGAUGUAAUAGACACUUGUUGUGCAACAGUUCUGGAAAAAUGUUAUCAUAUGUUGCCACCUGCUGAAAAAGCAGCAGCAGCUUCUACUUCUAACGUUGAUCUUCAGUGGAUAGCUGAAAGAAGUAGUUGUGUAUGGACAGCAGGUCUUCACGAUGAUACUAGUACAAAAAGUUCUUCUUCUUUAAAUCUGAAUGGAGCAGAUCCAUGGGGAAGUUGUUUGUUUGCAUUUUUAGAGAAAGAUAGAGUGUUAACACUAUGUCCCACUGCUGUUGCACAUUCGUGGCCUAUCGUUUUUACUCGGAUAAAUUCACUUUUCUCAGUAAUUGAUCCUACACCUGUGAAUGACAAUAGAGCUUCUCUUUUAAGAAGUUCAACUGCAGUCCGAAAACCUGUGAAUGAGAGAGAUAUGUACAUGCAUGUGUGGAAAAAUUAUUUAACUUUUGGAUACAGAGUCGUUCCACCAGUGCCAAGCCCUGUUGUACGGUGCGCUAGUCCAGAUCUCAGCCUAAGGUAAGUUCGUAUUUAAAUAUCAUUAUAGAAACAUUAGUCUCAUAAUCUACCAUUUUAUAUUAUUAUUUAAAAUACAUUGAAAACAUUAUAUUAGAAUGUAAGAGGUCAACAUAUUGUUUAGUGGUGUAUUGAUUACAUAAUCUUGAAUUCAUAUUAUGUGCACAAAUCAGUAUCAAAUUCAAAAUUAUAUAUUAAAUGAUGCAGUUUAUAGUUCAAUCAAUAGAGCUUUAAGCGUGUAUAAAACAUUGGAUUAUCAGGUGGAAUUAAUUAACAUUAUUUGA